AAAUCUCUCUCAGCCAAAAAAAAGUUCACACCACCUCUCUCCCUCACAUCCAUCACCACCACCCACUAUGGAUACCCUCCUCCACACGCCGACCUCCAUGGCCAAACGCCCCUGCCCUUCCUCCUCCUCCUCCUCCUCCUCCACCUCUCAGAACCCUAGGCCGCCGCCGCUGCAGCCGCCGUCUCAUGUCUCUCAGAUGGACCAACUCCUCCAUUCCUUUCUCUCCUUGGCCGACGACUCCACUUCCAUCUCCGUCGAUCUCUCCUUCGACCGUCUCCUCGAAUCCUGCUCCUCUGACUCCGAUCAGUCCCUCCUAAUCGAUCGUGCGCACAAGCUUGGAUCUCUUCUACUAAACGCUGCGAAUCGGUCUGCUAGAAAACGUGCCUCGGUUCACAAUUCCCUCGCAUGGGCUCUCCCUUCCGACCUCACCAUCAAGGUGUUUUCAAUGCUAGACACGCAGAGCCUUUGCUAUGCUUCAGCGACGUGUUCCUUGUUCAACAAAUGUGCAAUGGAUCCUUCGUGCUACGCCAACAUUGAUUUGACGACGGUUGUGCCUAAGGUUAAUAAUGCGGUUGUGUCUACUAUGAUCCAACGAGCUGGAAAAGCACUUCAAUCUCUUAAGCUUGGUGUUGUGCCGGGCCCAACCACGUGUCCUGGAUCCUGUCAACCUUUAGUCUACACUAUCCGAAAUUCUGUAGAUGUAUCUAACUUCUCAUGGAAUGACAAAAAGACUAGACAAGGGAAGGAAUCAUCCAUUCUUUCUAGGUCCUGCUUGAACCCAAUAAGUGGGGACAAUGGUGCUGCUGGGGCUCUUCUGAGAAGGUUACACCUUUACAACAUUGAAAGAAUGGAUAAUGCAUCACUUUGUGCGGCAUUAUCAGCCUGCCCAUAUCUUCUUGAUUUGGAGAUUGUGGGCCUUCACGUCGAAUUGAGGCAAACUUUGACGUCUGUGAGCACAAGUUGUCACUUGAUAGAGCGUCUGUUCUUUGAGUCAUCCAAAACAGGAAGAGAUGACAGCUUGAAAUCACCAACCUGUGUUGAUUUAGUGAACAAUUGUCCAAAGCUUACUUCAUUGUCACUUAGAGGUUUUAAGCUGCAUGACUAUAAAGUUCGAAUACUAGUUAAGGGACUCCGUAAGUUGAAGUAUGCUGAUUUUUCAACAUCCUAUUCAAUAACCGGAACCUUUUUGAGGAAUCUGGGAAGCAGUACAGGUGGAAAUCUGCUGGAGGUUCUAAUUUUAAGGGACUGCAUGCACCUCAAAGAGGUGGAAGUUGCUCGUUUUUUGACAGCAGUGCUUGCAGGAGACUUCAAGUACCUCCGACAUCUUGACAUAUCCAACAGAGAAGGUCUAGCUUCAGAAGGUGACUGGUACUCAAGAUGUUACAACUCAAGUAUUAUUCCUUUAAAGCAAGUGUCAGAAGUGAGACCUGAGAUCUGUUUGCUGGCAGAGUUUCCAUCAGAAGGAAGUUUUGUUGACAUAGAACACAUGUUUGAUAGUGAUAUAAAUAGUGAGGUCAGCCUUCCAUCCCAGCUGAGCAGUCACACAUCUGAUGGUUCAUUGCUCAUGAGUUCAUCAGAGAGCAGCUACAAUAGUGAUCAGGGUAGUGGUAGUGAGGAGUUUCAAGAUCCUGGUUUUGUAAUUUACGAGGAAAGCUCAGAUGAAGUGGAUUUCCUGGUUGUGUAGACCAGCUACUUAAUUUUGCAAGGUCUGGUCUGAAUUUUGCUGCCAGAAUAUAAAUUUGGGUGGAGGUUUUUACAAAUGCCGGCUGAAUUGAAGUGAGGUUGAAAAAUAACUUUGGACAACAAUUGGUACAUUUUGAUGCAGCAAUUAUAACCCAGGUUGGUACUUAUUGACCUUUUCCCUCUCUUCAUUGAGAUGUAAGUGACUAAAGCUUUAGGGGAUCCAUUUUUAUUUCCCCUAUUUUUUGUACAUCCCGAGGAUGGGAAUUAUUAUGCUUAUAGCUCUUGCUGUUGUAAUGCACAUGAAAUGCCUUAACUGGUAUGUUAUUUUGUUAAGCACGAAUAAGAAUUACCUCCCUAA